AUGGACGUGGCGGCUCCCGAAGCCCAAGCGUCGCCGCCAACGUGGCGACCGCAGUGCGACUUUGAGAACCAGGAGCACAAGCGCGAGACCCACUCCGCGGCUCUUCUCCUCCUCUCGGCCACGCUCGACGACGAGCAGCAGAUUCUCAUGGACGUCGACGACCUGACGCAGCUCAUGGAGCUGACCGAGACGACGAUCUUGACGACGCUCGACACGCGGUUCCGGCGACACAAGAUUUACACCAACACGGGCGCGAUUCUAUUGGCGGUGAACCCGUUUCUGAAAAUCCCAGGGCUCUACGGCUCCGACACGAUGGCCACGUACUUGCUGGCGUGUGAAGGGCGCCACAUGCGCCUGAAAAGGAGCAGCAACAGGAACAGCAAUGGCUCGAGCACUUGCUUGCCGCCACAUAUUUAUCAAGUUGCUGGAGAAGCGUACAAAGCCAUGAUGUUGGGACUCCAUGGCACGUCGACGGUGAGUGAUCAGAGUGUCCUUGUGAGUGGAGAAAGCGGCAGUGGCAAGACAGAGAGCACCAAGUUUCUCAUGGAGUACCUUGCUCAAGCAGGUGCUAAUCUAGCAGGACCGGGUGAAGCCACGGACGAUAGUACUGCUGCUACUACGGCUGCUGCUUCAAGGGACAAGUGUCCAGAAGGAAUUGCUGCAAAAGUGCUGCAGACGAACAUUUUGCUCGAGUCGUUUGGAAACGCGCGGACGCUCCGCAAUGACAACUCGAGUCGCUUUGGCAAGUUUAUUAAGCUUCACUUUACUAGUAGCGGCUGCCUCACGGGCGCGAGUAUUCAGACGUAUUUGCUCGAAAAAGUGCGGCUCGUGUCCCAGUCCAAGGGCGAGCGGAAUUACCACAUUUUCUACGAAAUUGCUAUUGGCGCGGCACCAGAUGCACGAAAGCGAUGGCGCUUGGAUCCACCUGCUGGCCACCAUUUGCCUCUUGGAGGUUAUGGCGAGGUGACGGAGACCACGCGCCAGUUUUUGCACUAUCGGUACUUGAAUCAAAGCGAGUGCUACGAGCGUCGAGACGGCGUGAAGGACGCUGAUAUGUUCCGACGGGUGAUGGACGCUAUGGACAUUGUUGGUUUUACCCCAGCCGAGCGUGCAGGUAUUUUCGACGUCCUCGCGGCCCUCAUGCACAUUGGCAAUUUAUCUUUUGAGCAUGACGAAAACAGCGACAGGCUAAGCCAGUCAGCGGACCAUGGUGUCGGCAAGUCUGACCUCGCACCUGGCUGUAUUUGGUCUCGCGAUGCAGCUGCUUCGCUUAUGGCCGUUGAUGCCUCUAAACUGGAGCGUGCGCUGAGUGUACGGCGGAUUCGUGCUGGCACUGACUUUGUGAGCAUGAAGCUUUCUGCAGCUCAAGCGAACAACGCCCGCGAUGCACUUGCCAAGGCGUUGUACGGUCGUCUGUUUGAUUGGAUGGUGACGAAGAUCAAUCAUUUCUUGAAGAUGGACGAUAGCCAGAAGGCCAAAGGCGGUCUCCACUUUAUCGGCAUCCUUGACAUUUUCGGCUUCGAGGUCUUCCCGAAGAACUCGUUCGAGCAGCUAUGUAUCAACUUUGCCAACGAGACGCUGCAGCAGCAGUUUAAUGACUAUGUGUUCAAGAGCGAGCAGCGUGAGUAUGAAUCGCAGGGUGUUGACUGGAAGUACAUUGAGUUUUGCGACAAUCAGGAUUGUGUGAGCUUAAUCUCUCAGCGGCCGACCGGCAUUCUCUCGCUCAUUGAUGAAGAGUGUGUGAUGCCUAAGGGGAGUGACAUGACGCUAGCAUCGAAGCUGUACCGAGCGUGUAGUAGCCAUCCGCGGUUCGAGGCAUCUCGUAUUCAGCAGGCGCGUGGUCAAUUUACGAUUGUGCACUAUGCAGGCCAUGUCGAGUACUCGUCAGACGGAUUUCUAGAGAAAAACAAAGAUGUCCUUCACCAAGAGGCAGUGGAUAUGCUCGUGUAUUCUACACGGGAAGACAGCUUUGCUCGUACGUUGUGUGAGGGUAUUGGUGGCUCGCUUGAUCGUAGCAAGUCGUCUCUACGUCAACGGGCACAGACCAGCAAGAACCGCGGCGCGAGCGUCGGUGUGCAGUUCAAGGAGCAGCUGACGACCUUGCUGGAGACGUUGCAGCAAACAAAUCCACAUUAUGUGCGUUGUCUCAAACCGAACGAGGUAUGUAAGGCAGGUAUUUACGAGCGCGAAGGUGUAUUGAAGCAACUGCGCUGCAAUGGCGUGAUGGAGGCGGUUCGUGUGGCAAGAGCAGGAUACCCGGUCCGUAUAUCGCACGAUGACUUUGUCGCGCGCUAUUUCUGUUUGAGGAGGUCACAAGAUGCUUUGUCAGCAAAAAAGCGCGUAAGUUCGUUCAGCUUGCCCAAUACGGACUCGGGCGAGGGAGUGACAGUCAUCAGCAGCGAGGUGAAAGAGCUUCUACAGGGCUUGCUUGAUGUGCUUCCGAAGGAAAAUGAUGCGAAUCCGCAGGGCGCAUGCGAACAGCCUGACCAGGGUCAGUUUGCCACGACGUGUAUAUCCGUGGGGAUUCAAGUGGGAAUAUCGAAAGUGUUUAUGAAGAAGCCGGCGUACGAGUUCCUUGAAGAAAUGCGUACAAAACGUCUGCACCGCCAUAUGAUCAAGAUUUUUCACGUUGUGUUGUGUGUGACUGCACGCGCCCGCUACUUGAAAUAUCUUCAUGUGGUGAAGACACUUCAGAUUCGAUGGCGCUACAAGGAAGUUCAGAAAUUGCGUCGUUGCCGCCAGAGAAUGCUGACUCGAGUGAAAAGUGCAGUCAGAAUACAAGCCUUUAACCGUACGGCGAUGCAGUACAGGAGAUACGUGCGUUUUAAAAGCGUGGUACGGAUGCUACAAUGCCGUUUUAGGUAUCGCAGACGAGUAAGGUCGAAGCGCAAAGCAGACCUUGCUCGGAAACUUGCAGACUUGAAGCGUGAGCGGCAAAUGCAGGCAGCGACUCAGUGUACAGCAAGUCCGACCGCUUCUUCCGACUCGUCUUCGUCCCGAUCUGUAACUUAUAGUUCAAACGAUAUCGAAGGUUCUGGAACAUCGGACGUAUCGGAUUAUUCGUCCGAUGACCAAUUCACGUACAACGACACGUUCCCGAAGCACGAUCUGAACACGGUGGACGAGCAAAGCAGUGAGAUGAUGCCUCGUAUGUCUAACCGCUUAUCGAUGCGCAAAUCUCAAUCGAUCGACUCGAUCACACCAAUGAGCGCAUUUCGAGCGUCACGAGUGGUUGGUGACGUUCCUGGAGGACCCAAUGGCCGGGAAUCAAGGUCACGGAUGCCAUCACGCAAGUCGUCUUUCCGCAUCACUCGGUCGUCUCGUGCAGUAGCGCUCCCUCGACUCGACGUGAUUCAGCACACUUCGUGGGUCAACGACGAAGACCGCUUUAGUUGCCACAUCUGCAACAAGCGCUUCAACAUGUUCAAACGGAAACACCACUGCAGAGCUUGUGGCGAGGUAAUUUGCAACAGCUGCUCACUGUACCACCGCAUCCAGUCCCGGUCCAUGCGCGUUUGUGUAUCCUGUGUGGCAUUCCACUCGUUGGACAGCCCCACGUCAGCUGGAUCGACGGGUUUCUUGCGCCCUGGCGGUGGCAGUGCUCACUCGUCCAACUCGAGUCGAAAGACUUCGAACGGCUCGGCGGCAGAUCGGAAUCGCAGCAGUACGGUUAGUAGCGCUGUCUGGAUGAACACGUGGCCUGAACCGCCGUACCCUGUGGAUGAAGACGAGCGCUUGAUAGUGUUGCGUGAACUCAACAUCCGCGAGCUGGGACUAUCCGGCAAGUUCAACAUGUAUUGCGAAGUUGCAGCCAAGACCAUGAAGUGUCCGAUCGCGUACGUGAGUAUUAUCGAGGAUGAAGAGCAGCAUUUGGUGGCCAACAUUGGCAUGGCACAUACGACGCUUCCUCGUGAGCUGUCGUUUUGCGCGCACACGAUCUGCCAGCCCAGUGUGCUGGUGGUGCUGGACACAAAGAGCGACGACCGGUUCCGUGACAACCCGAUGGUCAAGGGCGACAAGGGGGCAGUGAAGAUCCGCUAUUAUGCUGGUGCGACCAUCUUCUCGCGUGAUGGUCACGCGCUUGGUACAGUGGCAGUACUUGACACGAAGCCGAGACGGGAGGCCGAUCAGGAGCACAUUGGGAUGCUGCAGCACUUGAGUUUCUUGGCGAGCGAAAAGAUGACGCAGAGUACCAUCCAAGAAGAUAGCGAUAGCGAGUUUCCCUGA